AUUAGAUAUAAAAGUCUGGAUAAUUAUAUAUUUUUGGAAUCGGGACAUUAUAAGGAAUGCAAUGGUUAAAUAUUUAUAUAUAUAUAUAGGACAAUUACAUAAACCGUAAUUAAUAAUUGUAUUUUAAAAUUAUUACUGUUAUAUUGUUUAAUAUGGAUAACAAAAAGAAUACAAUUGAAGUAUUUCAUAAAAACGCAUAUGAUAUUAUAAAUGAGAUCAAAACAUAUGCCAUAGAUAACCCAAAUAAGAAAAUUGGUACAGCCAUGCAUAUGCAAUAUAUCAUGGACCAAUUCACUAGACUAAUUAAUUUAGCUGAUGAUGCCAUUAAUAAUCUUGAACUACCUGAAAUACUUGAAAAGAAAAUGACAUCUUUAGCUAAUAAUGAUGAUUUGAUAAAUAUUACUUGCCCGGCGGAAGUUAUUAAUAAACAAACUACUGUUUUGGAAAAACUAGAGAAAAUAGAGAAUAUUACAUCUAAACUUGAUUUGAUCGUGAAUACCACUCAGGAACAAAAUAUGAUUCUCGAUAGGUUGAAUGAUAGAUUAAAAGGGAUUGAAGAAAAAUCUGUUCCAAUAACAUCCACUGAAGAACUAAUUGAUGCACAGACAGCUGUACUAGAAAGAUUGAAUAAGUUCGAUAAGCUGAAUGAAAGAAUAAACGUAAUUGAAGAAAAAUCUAUUCCAAAAACAUCCUCCAAGGAACUAAUUGAAGUACAGAAAGCUGUACUAGAAAGAUUAGAUAGAAUUGAGGUUAAAGAAACUCAAAUUGAUACACAAAUGCCAUUAUAUAGCGAAAUAGUAAAAAACGAUAGUAAUAAGAAUUAUAAGCGAGAAACACAAAAAUCCUUCUCUACUAAAGAGGUCAUUUUAGUUUAUAAUAGAGAUAAAUAUAAUACUAAUAGCGACGUGGUUCGAAAAAUGAUGCAGAUGAAACUAAAGCCUUCUAAUAUGCAUAUUGGUAUUGAAAAAUUACGCAAAGUUCGAGGAGGUGGAAUAGCUGUUGAAUUGGGUAACAAAAGGGAUGCAAUAUUACUGGAAAAAACCAUAGAAGAACAAAUACCUGAAUUAGUUACUCAUCGGCCUAAAAAGAAAUGGCCUCAUAUAAUUAUCUAUUCUAUUCACUCUGAUAUAACGAAAGAAGAGCUGCCGAUAUUAAUUUAUCAACAAAACCAAUCAAUAAGUGAUAAUAUUAAGGAGAAGGAAUUUAUUAGACAAUUGCGAAUAAAGUUCUCCACAGGAAAAAGGAACGCCACUUAUAAAAACUGGGUUUUUGUGGUUUCCCCUUUUGUAAGGAAACUAUUUCUGAGAAUGGACAAAAUCAAUAUUGAAUGGUCGCGUUGCAGGGUCGUUGACUUCUGUCCGAUCCUGCAAUGUUUUAAAUGCUGCGGAUACAAUCAUUCCUCAAGAGACUGCCCACAAACAUAUUACACUUGUAGCCAUUGCGCAGGGGAACACACUUAUAAAGAUUGUCCAAAUUUUGAAUAUGAACCAAUAUGUUGUAACUGUCAACAUGAUCAUGCUGGAAAUCAUACACAUAAUGCUCGUGAUGGCUUACGCCCCAUGAAACAGCGUAUCAGAAAAUAUAUUAUUUCCAGAACUGAAUAUGGCACAGACUGAUAAUUAAAAAUUAGUAUUUUACAGAUUAACAUAGGCAGAAGCAUUGCUUCUACCUCUAUUUUAAGUGAGAAAAUAAAUAAAUUUGAUAUAGUAUUAAUUCAAGAGCCUUACUGUCGUAAAGAUAUUCCUGCAUGUUUACCUAUGUAUUGCCCUGUGCUGAUUGGUACCAAUAAUUAUCCGUGGGCUGCUACUCUUGAUUCCUAACACCAACUUAUCUAUCAUUCAUCAUACUAAUUAUAGCUGUCAGUAUAUUAUCACUAUAGAAAUAUUAAUUAACAACAUUAGAAUUAUAAUAAUCAAUAUCUACUUUCCCGGUGAUGCUGAUUCAAAUGAUUUUGUAAUUAAACUACAAAAUAUUAUUAAUGCUUUCAAAGGUUCUUACUUCAUAUUAGCUGGUGAUCUGAACGCACACUCUCCUACUUGGGGUGGUGAUAAUCUGGACAACCGUGGUAAGAUGCUUGAAGACUUUUUUGGGCAUAAUGAUUUACAGAUUAUGAAUAAUCCUUCUUCACCACCAACUUUCACAUCACAUAGUGGUGAGAGUUGGAUCGACGUUUCUGUAUGUAGUAAU